AUGUAUCGAUCUUUUAUGAUGAUUAUUUUUAUUCUUCUACCAAUAUAUAGUUGGUGUGCUACAUCAACUGUAGCAACCAAUUUAUAUCCAGCUAAUUUAAAUGGAUUAAAAAGUCAAUUUCAAACAGCAAUGAAAUCAUUUUCUGAUGUAGCAUCAAUACAUUAUUCUUUAGCUGGUAUUAAAGAACUUGGUGUACAACCACCUGAUACAUAUUGUAAUGAUAUUAAAAAAUUAGUUGAUAAAACAAAUAUUGAAUCAAUAUAUCAUGCAACUGAAGCAGCUAAAACUUUAACGAAUUGCAAUUUACCUGUUGAAGAUUAUCGUUCAAAAAUCAGUUCAACAAUUCAAUCAGACAAAAGUACAACAGCUGAAAUCUAUUAUGCUGUACGUUCAAGUAUUAAUCUUGGUUUAAAUAUUGAUGAAUCACUUAUUGAAAAACGUCUUAAUACAUUAGCUAAAACAGAUGAUAGUAUUUUAAGUCAAGGUUAUGCAUUAUUAACAGGUGCACAAUUAAGUCCAGCUAUAGCUAAAUAUUAUGCUGAUACAAUAAAUGAUCUUGUUCAACAAGCUGAUGAAAUUGAUGGACGUAUAUUACAAUAUGAAGGUGGUAUUAGUACAACAGGAUUAAUAUUUAAUGCAUUUUAUGAAGUUGCUGAAAAAGCUGGUACAUCAAUUAAAAUUGAUCCAAAACAAUUACUUAAAUUUGCAAAUUAUUUUUCAACAAAACGACAUGUUGCUACAUUACGUAGUGCGUAUUAUUUAACAAAAGCAUUUAAAUAUAUAUCGGAUAAUAAAAAUUCAAUGCCAAUUGUUGUUACACGUGUUAGUUCUUCAGAAGUUAAUGCACAAAAUCCAUCUGUACUUGUUUCCGUCACAAAUCUUUUUGGACAACCUGUUGGAGAAAUGAUUGUUACUGCUGAAUCAGCUAAACGUAAUGAAGAUGGAGUUGUUGUUAUAUCAAAACAAAAACUUACUUCAAAAUCUAGUGAUUUUACUGUUUAUGAAUUACCAUUUUAUGAUAAAAAAAUUUCUCGAGGAUUUUAUACAAUUCAUUUAACCUUAACACCACAGACUGAUGGAAAAUUUAUUGGUUUAACAGAUCAUACUAUUGAUGUUAAAGUAACAUCAGAAGUAACACUUGAAAAUGUUGAAUUAAAUAUUGUCGAUCGUGAUAAUGCUGCACAAAUAAAAACAUACAAAUUAACUUAUCCAAAUGGUUUAUCAAAUAAUCUUGAAAUGGAUUAUCAUCAAAAAUUAAUAAUUAAAUUUCAAGUAAAAGAUAAACAAACUGAUGAAUUUAUUCGCGUACAACAAGCAUUCUUACGUUUUACGAAUAAACAAUCGAAUAAAGAAAUUAUUUAUUUAGCAGAAGCAACCAGUGGUAGUAAUCCACAAUAUAAAGUUGAAGUGGAUUUAACAACAAAUGCAAAUGAUUUCCGUCAUCAAUCAGAUGCUUAUGAACUUGUUUUACUUGUUGGUGAUGCUUUACUUCAAAAAGCAUUUUCAUGGAAAUUAACUGAUAAUAUUCAAUUAUCAUUUCAUGAUGAUAAUGUUCCAGAUAUAGAUCAUCUUAAUAUAUAUUCUGCAAAACCAGAAAUUAUUCAUCAAUUUCGUGAAGCUGAAAAACGACCACCAGCAAUUGUUUCACUUGUUUUUAGUGGAUUAACUUUAUUACCAUUAUUAAUUCUUUUAAUUUCAUGGCUCAAACUUGGUUUUAAUCUUUCUGGUUUACCAUUAGGACUUAGUCCAUUAGGUUUUCAUAUUUCUCAUGGAGCUGCUUUUGCUUUGAUGUAUUUCUAUUGGAAAUAUUUGGAUAUGUUUCAAACAAUGCGUUAUUUGGCUUUAGUUUCAAUUCCAUUAUUUUUAUUUGGUCAUCGAGUAUUAGCCAUAUUAGCUGCUCGACGAGAAAAAAAAGUUUAA